AUGACAACACCUUCAAGUACUAUUUCAUACCCGUCAUCAAGCGUUAGUUCAUAUGGAAUGGAUCCGAUGUAUUCGCUAAAUCAUCCAUUUUGCCAUCCACCAACACCGUAUUUCAUCUCUGAACAAAAUUUGAAUUUGCCACCAAAUAAAGAAAAUGAUGAGAUGAAAAUGGAGACUAAUGACGACAGUCAAAUUGGGUGUGAACAAAUGUACAUGUUUUACCCCGUAAAUAGCAAUUCGCUGAUAAAUUCUCGGAAGCGUCAUUCAGGAAAUGAGAUUGAUGGACCAUUAUGUAAACGAAAGGUGGAAAACGUUAGUGCUCGUUUAGAGCAUAUUCAUAUAUCAAAUGAAUCGAAGCUCAUAAACAAAAAUAGAAUGAAGGAGUAUGCGUUUAUUUUAAAAUCUGAUUUUACUGUUUAUAAUCUGUCUCAUGUAUGGACAUUUAGUGCUUCAUCUGAGAAUUUGGAGGAAACAUAUGGCGGAAACAAUGGUGGACUGUUGAUUGUUGAUGAAAAGAUACGAAGAUAUAUUCAAAAUGAACAUAAAUUAUGUGAUUCUUUUUUGAAUUCGUCGUCAAUGGCUGUUGUGCCAUAUGUACCUCUUGUAUCAUUAAGUAAUCAAGGAAUGAUAGGUCGAAUAAAAGAGAUUGAUAUUGAUGAUGACAAUUAUGAUGAAGAAUGUGUUUCCAGUGAUAACGGUCUAGUUUCAUUUCCGGACGAUCCAGUUUAUUUACAUUCUGCUGACAUCGAAAAUGUCGUUGCUGGAAAUUCUAAUUCUCUGUCUCCAGCACUGCAAGUUACCGAAAUGUUUAUAGAUGAUGAUAAGAUGGAGAUCGAUUAA